AGCCACUGCGCGCCAUCUAUGUACAGAUCCGCGUCCUGCACACGCGACAUCUGCUGGCGUUGGUGAAAAGGCCGCGCGGAUGCCGACUACUGAACGACUUGACUGCGUGUGGGUGCGCCGCCGGUGUCGAUCCUGUGUGGUCGGUCGUCAGGACGGACCUGCUGCGAGGGCUCGUCGGUGGGCUGCGCCGCCGGCGCGUGGCGCUGCUGCUGCUGCUGCUGCUGCUGGGCGGGGCGGCGUGGCGGACCCCCUGGUGGGAAGACGUCGCCGUACCAAGACGCGCCUGAGCCUCGAGCAACUGGCGUCGGGCAACCGGUCGCUGAGCGCUCGGCUGGCGCGCAAGCGGACCCGGAGCAAGCUGGGCUUCAACCAGAUGAGCUUCGACCUGGGCCUGGAGCCGGCGCAGUUCGCCAACGCGACCGCGGUGCGCCGCUUCGUCGAGCGGCUGGACGCCACCUUCGACCUGGUCAUGGUGGCCGAGCGCAUCAACGAGUCCCUGGUGCUGCUCAGGGACCUGCUCUGCGGGGACGUCGACGACGUGGUCGUCUUCAGGCACAACGCUCGCCAGACCAGCUACCGGCGUCCCCCGAGCGGCCGGCUGGCGGCGCAGCUGCGCGAGCUGAACGCGGCCGACGUGCAGCUGUACGAGCACUUCGCGCGGCGCUUCGAGCAGCGCGUGCGCCGCUUCGGCCCGCGCCGCAUGGCGCGCGAGCUGCGGCUGCUCGAGCAGCGCACCCGCCACUGGCACGAGCGCUGCGUGCGGGACACGCGGCCGGCCGACGACGACGCCCGGGGCUUCUGGGUCAGCGCCAAGGUGCUGACGUUCCGCCCCAAGAACGACAGCUCGCUGGAGUGCGCGCGCAUGACGCUGCCGGAGUUGGUGUUCACGGAGCGGCUCCGGAAGAAGCAGUCGGGAAACGCCACGCGGAGCCACUAGACCACGCUGCCGCGUCCGAAGAGAGGACGCGGGACUCGUCAUCGAUACAACCGGUG